CAGUCAGAGCAGUGUGGAGUUGUGAGCCUGCAAACCACCACGAUGCAUCCGAUGUCCCGUUAGAGCAACCAGGAAACACUUUAUAUUUCUUUUUUUUUUUAAAUUAGUAGCUUAGUUACAUUGUGUUCAGCAGCUUGCGGGAGAAAAAUGAGUCGACAUUUUACUGCUGCUUUUAUCCUGGCUGUAGUUUUCCUCCCUUUGCUGUGCAGCUCGUGUCCUGUGCAGUGCAGCUGCUUCUUCCACAAAUUAAGUGAUGGAUCAAAAGCAAGGAGUGUGCUUUGCAACGAUCCAGAGAUCACAGUUGUCCCUCCAAAUUUCCCCUUGGACACAUCAAAGCUCCGAAUCGAGAAGACGGCGAUCACACGGAUCUCCAGCAACAACUUCCACUACCUCAACAGCUUGGAGUUCCUCUGGAUGUCUUUCAACUCGCUCAGUUCGCUGAAUGUCGACAGCUUCCGGGGUCUCUACAACCUGGAUGAGCUCAGGUUGGACGGAAACGCCCUCACCUCCUUCCCCUGGGAGUCUCUGACCGACAUGCCCAACCUGAGGCUCCUGGACCUGCACAACAACAAGAUCUCCAGCAUCCCACCCGAAGCCACCAUGUACAUCAAGAACAUCACCUAUCUGGAUUUAUCCAGCAACAGCCUCACCACCGUCCCCACUGACGUUCUCACCAUGUGGCUGAGCAUGAAGCCGUCAUCAGACAGCGAAUCCAAACUAAUUCUCGGUCUCCAUGACAACCCGUGGCUGUGCGACUGCCGACUCUACGAUUUGGUCCAGUUUCAGAAGUCCCCCUCCUCAUCUGUGGCUUUAAUCGACACCAGGCUGAGGUGUGCCGAUCCAGAGAGUCUUUCAGGGGUUCUGUUCACCGAGGCGGAGCUGCAGAGGUGCCAGGGCCCUCGGGUUCACACGGCCGUGGCUCGAGUUCGGAGCUCGCUGGGCAACAACGUCCUGCUUCGCUGCGGAACAGUCGGGGUCCCCAUUCCCGAGCUGUCCUGGAGCCGAGCUGACGGCAAGAAGAUGAACGGCACCGUUCAAGAAGAGAUCUCAAAGGAAGGCAUCAUCUGGUCCAUUCUAAGUGUUCCUGCCGUCUCCUACCGGGAUUCUGGGAAAUAUGUGUGCAAGGCGACUAAUUUUGUCGGCACUGCAGAUGCCAUCAUCUCCCUGGUGAUCACAGACUCCUUACGGGCAGAUGAGGCAGGCGGCGGUGUUUCUAAGAGGACAAGAGGGAAGAAGCCUGGUGGCAUCGGAAGAGCGGCCUACCAGGAGAAACUUAUCGCCAGAUAUGUUCCUCCACCUACAGCCACGGCUGCACAACCUAUCAUCGAACCGCUCAAUAGCAAAGGCGUGACUGGGAAGUAUGAGAUCGAGAGCUACAGCAUCUCUGAUGAUGCUUCUCAGACACGAGGCAAAGCAUCAGAGGAUCAGAAGCCGGUGGAGGUGGAUGCUUUGAGCAACUUGGCAGCCAAUGCCUCCUCCUUACAGCAAGCUCCUGAGAAAAGGAUAGUGCGUUCGGUGAAGGUGAUCGGCGACACCGACCACACCGUCUCUCUGAACUGGCGAGCCCCCACAGCCACGAACACCACAGAGUUCAGUGUCCUAUAUGCUAUAUUUGGUGAGAGGGACAUGCGCAGGAUCAAUGUGGGUGCUGGAAAGAACCGAAUCACCAUCGAUGGCCUUGUGCCUAAGACAAAGUACAUUGCUUGUGUUUGCGUCAAAGGUCUGAUCCCGAAAAAGGAGCAAUGUGUAAUCUUCUCAACAGAUGAAGCGGCCAGUGCCAGUGGCACUCAGAAGCUCAUUAAUGUGGUGGUGAUAACGGUGGCAUGUGUGAUCGCAGUCCCCCUGACAUUGAUCGUGUGCUGCGGGGCGAUAAAGAAACGCUGCCAAAAGCUGCUGGGGAGACAAUCCAAGGAAAUUCAGGACUCGUAUGUCACAUUCGAGACCCUCGGCCCCGCGGCCAAAGCUAAGGGGAUGGAGGGCGAAUAUCUUACCAGGCUAAACCCAGAUGAAUCCAACAGGCUGCUCUCAGCGAGGUCCAGUAUUGACUCAGAGGCCACAGUCAGGACUGAAGGACCACCAAACGAGUACUUCUGCUAAAACCAAACGUAUGCCUCAAUUUCCAGAGGAUGCAAGGCCUAUGAUGUGAAUAGAUCAAAGAAAAAACUGUGCUCAGAGACUCAAAAGAUCCUCUUUUAGGCAUUUUAAAAGGGGACAGUGGUAGCUCUGUUAGCACUGGACCUAUGAAAUUUAUUUUACAGCCUUGUGGAAACAAAAACAGCCAUUCAUUUAGUGGACAGCAAAAGGGAACAUACACACAGUGACAUGGAUUUAAUAUUUACAUGCGUUGUAAAUGUGUAAAAAUAACGUUUUUAAAUUCAUUAUGCACUUUUAACGUUAACGUUUUACAGAAAACAAAAUGUCUCGAUGCCCUAAACUCUUUGAAACCCAAAGUAUUUUCUUUUUGUUCCAAGAUUUAACUUCUGCAUUGUACUGAAAUUGUUAUUUAAAAGAGAAAGUAUUUAGAGAACCAACUGCCCAUUUAGUCUGUUUUGUAUGUAAGUUAAUGUGCCAGCCUAAAAUACAUUAAUUUUAUAAUGUGUAAAUAUUUGUAACCUGAAAUAUGCAGUAUGUGUAUGUAUGAAUGUACUGUACAUAAAUAAAUAUUUUUGUAUUGA